UUGCUUAACGUACCUAAGACUCACUUGACUUGAAUUACCGGCCGGAGAGGGUAGAUCAGGAGAUGGCUGGCAGCAUGGCUCCGUUGGGAGUGAAGAAGGAGAGGGCGGCGGAGUACAAGGGGCACAUGACGUUCGCCGUCGCCAUGGCGUGCAUCGUCGCCGCCAUCGGGGGUUCCAUCUUCGGCUAUGACAUCGGCAUCUCCGGAGUCAACACCAUGGACCCGUUCCUCCAGAGAUUCUUCCCGGUGGUGUUCCAGCGGAAAAACUCGGCCAGCCUCAACAACUACUGCAAGUACGACAACCAGGCUCUCUCCGCCUUCACCUCCAUCCUCUAUCUUGCCGGGCAAGUCUCCACACUCGUGGCUGCGCCGGUGACAAGGAACUACGGCCGCCGCGCCAGCAUUAUCUGCGGCGGCAUCAGCUUCCUGAUGGGCGCGGCCCUCAACGCCGCGGCCGUGAACCUCACAACCCUGAUCCUUGGCCGCGUCAUGCUUGGCGUCGGCAUCGGUUUCGGCAAUCAGGCUGUGCCGCUCUACUUGUCCGAGAUGGCGCCGGCGCACUUGCGCGGCGGGCUCAACAUGAUGUUCCAGCUCGCGACAACGCUUGGCAUCUUCUCGGCGAACAUGAUCAACUACGGCACGCAGAAAAUCAAACCGUGGGGGUGGCGCCUCUCGCUGGGCCUCGUGGCGGCGCCAGCACUGCUGAUGACGAUCGGUGGGAUCCUCCUCCCGGAGACGCCAAACAGCCUCAUCGAGCGCGGGCGUGUCGAGGAGGGCCGGCGCGUGCUGGAGCUGAUCCGCGGCACCGCGGACGUCGACGCUGAGUUCACAGACAUGGCGGAGGCGAGUGAACUGGCCAACACUAUCACGCACCCGUUCCGGAACAUCCUGGAGCGACGUAACCGGCCGCAGCUGGUGAUGGCCGUGUGCAUGCCGGCGUUCCAGACCCUGACGGGAAUCAACUCCAUCCUGUUCUACGCGCCGGUGCUGUUCCGGAGCAUGGGCUUCGGUGCCGACUGGUCCCUCUACUCCUCCAUGCUCACCGGCGCGGUGCUCCUGUUCUCCACGCUUAUUUCCAUCGCCACCGUCGACCGCCUCGGGAGGAGGAAGCUCCUCAUCAGCGGCGGCAUCCAGAUGAUCGUUUGCCAGGUGAUCGUGGCGGCGAUCCUCGGGGUAAAGUUCGGUGCGGACAAGCAGCUGUCGCGGAGCUGCUCGAUCGUGGUGGUGUUCGUGAUCUGCCUCUUCAUGCUCGCGUUCGGGUGGUCGUGGGGUCCGCUUGGGUGGACGGUGCCGAGCGAGAUCUUUCCGCUGGAGACGCGGUCGGCGGGGCAGAGCAUCACGGUGGCCGUCAACCUGUUCUUCACCUUCGUCAUUGCGCAGGUGUUCCUGUCGCUGCUCUGUGCUUUUAAGUUCGCCAUCUUCAUCUUCUUCGCUGGCUGGAUAGCCGUCAUGACCGCCUUCGUCUAUGUCUUCCUGCCGGAGACCAAGGGCGUGCCCAUCGAGGAGAUGGUGAUGCUCUGGAGCAAGCAUUGGUUCUGGAAGAUCAUCAUGCCAGCAAUGCCGACGAUGCCGCUCGAGAACGGCUUGGGACCAAGUGACAUUUGUUAAGUGACUAGGUGAAUGCCCGUGCGUUGCUACGGGAUAUAAAAUAUACUCCCUCCGUCCGAAAUUACUUGCCAUAGCAAUGGAUGUAUCUAGAUGUAUUUUUAAUUCUAGAUAUAUCCAUUUAUAUCCAUUUAUGCGACAAGCAAUUCGGGACGGUGGGAGUAUUAAGAGAAGAUACACAAGGCAAUAAUCCAACUUUGUGGUGAUUACAUUCAAAUCCCACCUCCAUUAUGAUCAACGUGCACCCAAACAACACUGUUCCAGCCUGAUAGAAAAUAUAUUCGAAUGCAUCAAGCAAAUAUAUUUCUUUUCUUUUUGGGGAUGGGCAUCAACCAAAUGUUCACCAUGUCUUGUGACAAACAUAGGGUUGGCUCCAUUCCUCUUCUUGACCACUAUACACUCUCCAGUUCCUUUUCGUUGACAUCUUCAAACACACACUCCACUCAUCUCUUUUCCAUUCACAUCUCCUUAUACACCCUCCGCGAGUCAUUUCCUUUCCAUUUACUUCCAUGGCUCCCACCAG